AUGGCAGCUAGUGGUAACACUCAACAAACUUUCAGAAGAGCUAUUGGAGCUUUGAAGGACUCCACAAAGGUUGGAUUGGCAAAAGUAAAUAGCGAAAACAAGGCGCUUGAUGUUGCAAUUGUUAAGGCCACAAACCAUGAUGAAAUGCUGCCAAAGGAGAAACAUAUCUUGACUAUCUUUAGUGCUCUUUCAGCUUCAAGUCCUCGUGCUGAUGUUACUUAUUGCAUAAAUGGUCUUACUAAGCGUCUUGCCAAAACACAUAAUUGGACGGUUGCAUUGAAGACAUUAAUUGUAAUACAUCGUGCAUUGAGAGAAAUAGAUCAUACUUUCCAUGAAGAGAUAAUUACUUAUAGUAAGGGAACACGUCUUGUGUUUCACCUAUCUCAUUUAAGGGAUGAUUCAAGUCCACAUGCAUGGGAUUAUUCUGCUUGGGUUCGUGCAUAUGCUUUAUAUCUUGAAGAACUUCUUGCAUGUUUCUGUGUGUUGAAAUAUGACAUUCAGAAAAAUCCCUCGAGAACAAAGGAGCUUGAGACCCCAGACUUACUUGAGCAGUUACCUAUCUUGCAACAACUUCUUUUUCGCCUUCUUGCUUGCAAACCAGAAGGAAUGGCUGUGCAUAACAACUUAAUUCAUUAUGCUCUUUCAAUUGUUGCAAGUGAAAGUGUUAAGCUAUAUGUUACAAUUACAGAUGGAGUUCUCAAUUUGGUUGACAACUAUUUUGAUAUGGAGCGCCAUGAUGCAAUCAGAGCGUUAGAAAUUUAUAAGAAGGCCACAACUCAGGGGGAAACUUUAUCUGAGUUCUUUGAGAUGUGCAGGAGCUUUGAGUUUGGACGACGACAAAAGUUUAUCAAAAUCAAAAUGCCCCCUGCAUCAUUUUUGACAGCAAUGGAAGACUAUGUGACAGACUCACCACACGUCUUACCUCUUGAAGGGAUACAAAUGAGCGAGGAUGAAGAUGGUUCCCCUAAAGAAAUUUCCACUCCACAUACUACUUUCAUCAAUUCAACACCUCAAAUUGCAGGUUGGGAGGUUGCACUUGUUACAACCCCAAACUUUAAUGAAGAACUAGUUGCAGAGAAUGAAUUGGCUGGUGAACUGGAUAAGUUAACACUAGACAGUUUAUGUGAUGGUGCAAUGGCUAUAACAAUGAACCAGAAUAGUGUUUGCCGGAUAGGGCAGAUGCCUCCUAAUCCUUUUGAUUCUUUAGAUAUUAACCAGGGUCUAUUUUAUGGACCUAGUAAUGUAGGACCUGCAACUAAUGCGCAAUCAAUAGCAGUACAUGAAGAACAAAAUUUUGUGAUGAUGCAACAGCAACAACAGGAGCCACCAGUGAUUGGCUUUGGCACAAACUCAACCAAUCCUUUUGUUGAUGAUACUGAUGUGCCAUACUCCUUUGGUGGUGACAAUAAUGUGCCAUUCCAUUUGACAUAG